GUUAAGUAAAAAGAAAAAUAUGGAUAGUGAAGAAAAGAAAAAAGAAAAACGAACGAAAAAGAAAAGAAUUUCAUAUUCAAAAGAAACCUUAGCUCUCGCUCUCGAGGAACUUCGACACGGGAAAAAAGUUGCACAAGUUUCUCGGACAUAUGACAUUCCCGGCUCAACACUUAGGGCAAAAAGAUUAGGUCUGUAUGCCGAUAAAAACCCUGGUCCUUCGACUGUAUUUACUGCAGAUGAAGAAAAAGAGUUAGUGAAUUGGAUCAUUCACUGUUGUGAAAAAGGAUUUCCUGUAUCUAAAAGUCAGCUGGUGGACAGUGUUCGACGAAUUUGUGUUCAAACGAAGAAAAAAAAUCCAUUUACUGACAAUAUACCAGGUAGAGCUUGGUAUGAUGGGUUUUUGAAGCGUAAUCCAGAAAUUUCGACAAGAGUUACGGAAAAAGUUUGUUUGAAUAGAGCAAAAGUUUCAGAGUAUAGUUUGCGUCAAUGGUUUGAAGAAAUCUCGAAAUAUUUGGUUGAAAAUAAUCUCUUGUCAUUAGAGCCAAAUAGAAUUUUUAACUGUGAUGAAACAGGACUUGCUUUAAAUCCAAUAUCUUCAUCGGUUCUCGCUCCAAAGGGUCAGAAAAACGUGUUCACUGUCGUAAACAAUAAUGAGAAAGAAAACAUUACGACUCUAGUGACAGCCAAUGCUGUUGGUAACCUUGCUCCGACAUUUAUUCUAUUUACUGGGAAUUCGCUACCAAAUAAUUGUGUUAAAAUGGCGCCUGCCGAUUAUGCUUUUGGUUAUUCAAAAACUGGGUGGAUGUUAUCUGAAAAUUUCUACGAGUACAUCGCAAAUGUUUACGAACCGUGGUAAACAAAAAAUAAUAUUCA